UCAAUUCCCCCCCCCCUCCUCCUCUUUUUCUUACUAUUUUUGCCUCUUAAUUUUCUCAAUUUUUGCAAAAACUUCACCAGAAAACAAAUGAGCAAGUUUCACUUAUAAUUAGCAAAGAAAUCGUUUCCAACUUUUCCUAAGAUGCGUUGCGGUUAUGGAUUGGCGGCGUUACCUGGUACCGACGCCCGUUUCUUUUCACCGGAAACUCCCUUCCUCCGAUUACCCAGAACCGUCCACCCGACCCGGAUAAAAUUUGGGUCGUUCAAAAUCAGAGCGAAGAUCGACGAAGCGAGGAAGGAGGUGAGUUUUUAUGAGUUGUUGGGGAUAUCGGAGACGGGUACUUUGCUGGAGAUAAAGCUGGCGUAUAAGCAACUGGCUAGGAAGUACCACCCGGACGUGUCACCGCUGGAUCGAGUCGAGGAGAAUACGGAGCGGUUUAUUCGGGUCCAGGAAGCUUAUGAGACCUUGUCGGAUCCGAGGAGGAGAGCUUUGUAUGAUAAGGAUUUGGCUUUAGGGCUUCACCUUGCUUUCUCUGCUAGACGACGUUAUCAACAUGAUGAGGAUCUAGAAGAUCGAAACGAGUGGAGAAACCGAUGGCAAUCUCAGCUAUCAGAGCUGAAGCGAAAAAGCAUGAACAGGGAUGCUGGAGGGAACAUGUCAUGGGGAGCUCGAAUGCGCAGGCAAAGGGAAGAAUUGUCUAAAGAACUAUAAACAACACUUCCCUUUUAUCCUCAAAUGUAUACAAAGAUCUUUCUUUUGUGUGUGUGUGUGUGUGUAUAUCGCUCGGCUCUCUUUUAUAUAUGGUGAUUUGAUCAUCAUUGUUCAAACAUAGGACUUCCAAUGCUAAUCUUACUACUUGGCUUUCAAUAUUGUACAUAAAUCUUUUAAAG